UUUUUUUUCUUUUCUGUUAAACCCUGCAAGCUCUCGGACCCUAGGCGUCUGAGACAUUUGGUGGUGGUGGUGGGGGGGGGAGGGGGGUGUCGCCAGAGCGCCCCCCCUUGUCAGGCCCCUUGGUGAGUUCAGCAUCCAACACCAUGGCUCCUGUGUUGGGCUCUCGUAGCCCUGAACGGGAGGCCUCCGGAGGAAAAGGUCGCAGUUCAUCGAGGAGCCCUAAGCCCAGGAAAUCAUCCCGCUCCCCGCGGGGUCCCCGGUCUCGUUCGCACUCUUGUUCUCGGCUUGGUGACAAGAAUGGCUUCAGCCAUUCGCUGAGUGGCUUCAGCCAAAGCUCUCGAAACCAAUCUUACCGCCCCCGCUCUCGAUCUCGUUCUCGGGAGCGGCCCUCUGCACAGCGGAGUGCCCCUUUUCCUUCGGCAUCUUCGUCCGCCUAUUAUGGUGGUUACUCGCGUCCCUACGGGGGUGACAAGCCAUGGCCUAGCCUGCUGGACAAGGAGAGGGAGGAGAGUCUGCGGCAGAAGAGAUUAAGUGAGAGAGAGAGGAUUGGAGAAUUGGGAGCUCCUGAAGUUUGGGGACUUUCUCCAAAGAAUCCUGAACCAGACUCUGAUGAACAUACACCAGUAGAGGAUGAAGAACCAAAGAAAAGCACUACUUCAGCAUCUAGUUCAGAAGAUGAAAAGAAAAAGAAAAGGAAAUCUAGUCAUUCCAAAGAAAGAUCCAAGAAAAAGAGAAAGAAAAAGUCAUCUAAAAGAAAACAUAAGAAGUAUUCUGAAGAUAGUGACAGUGACUCUGAAUCAGAAACAGACUCCAGUGAUGAAGAUACAAAAAGAAGAGCAAAGAAAGCUAAGAAAAAAGAAAAGAAGAAGAAACGGAGAGUGAAGAAAUACAAGAAAAAGAAGACUAAAAAGAACAGAAAAGAGUCCAGUGAUUCGAGCUCUAAAGAGUCCCAGGACGAAUUUCUUGAGAAUCCUUGGAAGGAUCGAUCAAAGACAGAAGAACCAUUGGAUCUCAUUGGCCCAGAGGCUCCCAAAACACUUGCCUCCCAAGAUGAUAAGCCUUUGAAUUAUGGCCAUGCUCUGUUACCUGGUGAAGGUGCAGCUAUGGCUGAAUAUGUGAAAGCUGGAAAGCGCAUCCCACGAAGAGGUGAAAUUGGCUUGACAAGUGAAGAGAUCGCAUCAUUCGAAUGUUCAGGUUACGUUAUGAGCGGUAGCAGGCACCGGCGAAUGGAGGCUGUACGACUGCGGAAGGAGAAUCAGAUCUACAGUGCUGAUGAGAAGAGAGCCCUAGCAUCCUUCAACCAAGAAGAGAGACGAAAGAGGGAGAACAAGAUCCUGGCCAGCUUUCGAGAGAUGGUUUACAGAAAGACUAAAGGGAAGGAUGACAAGUGAGGGAUUUCUGACUUUACAAGUGGAUAUUUUAACAUCACAAAGGAAAUUGUGGGUUCUAGACAUAUACACAGAAAGGUCAUUUUGUUUUCUUUGUUUGUUAGGUUAUGUUUUGAUGUGUGGUUUUAAAUAGCCCAGGUUGACUUCAGGCUUCAGACUUUGUAACUAAGGAUGACUAAAGUCUUGGUCUCCUGUCUCUACCUUCCAGGUGUUGAGAUUCCAGACGUGUACCACCAUGCUAAGCCAAAAAGGCUCUUGUGCUCUGAAAUUAAGGCUUUUCAGUGCUUCUGUGCCUUCUUUUUAAUUCUUCAGCCCCUUAUAAAAGAUGCUUGUUGAUACCAUUAGUAAGUUAUUUGGGGCUUUUUUAGAUUCACCCCAAAUUUCUGGUGUAAAAAUCCAAAUUUUGAAUGAAAUCCUGCUGUGUUAGGAAGGUGGCAUAGAGAGAAAGUGGCAGCCUAAUGAGAAUUAAUAACUCUCAUAUCAUGAUUUGGUGUGAAUAUUAUUAACUCCAUACAUGUCUGCUCCUACCCCAGCAGAACUUGGGAAUUUCAUGUGUGUCUUCAAUGUGUGAAAAACAGGUUUGACAGAAACUCUGUAGGUGAUUUCUGUUAACAAGAUGAAGGUGUUGCUGUAAAAGGCAACUCUAGAAUUUGAAAAUUGACUUGUUUCUAUAGUCUUCCCUAGAAAUGUAUUUUGGGCUAAGUCUACCUCUACUCUAAAAACAAGCAGACCAAAUGACUAACUCACAAAUGUGUGGAAUAGAAAAUGUGAGCAUUUGAUGUUUUAAGUUCUUCAUAAAUUAGUUAAAAUAGUUCUUUUAGUGGCUAAGGUAUAGCUCAGAGUUAGAACAUGUGCUUAUGAUACAUGAGGCCCAAAGCUAAAUCCCAGCAGUGCAAGAAUUUUUUUCAAAGGGAAUUUUGGGACGUCUAUUGUUGUGCCAUUAUAAGAAUACUAUUUCUAUCUAAGCUGAUUUUUAACGAUAGGAUAAUAUCUAAAAGAAUGAGUAUCAAGAGUGCUGAUAUGGGAAAUAUAAGUAUUUUAAUUAGCUGUUUCAUGAUGAUGAAGGUAAAAUAUUAACCAUUAUCAAUGAGUCCUUUAUGGAUUUGGAUUUCUUUUAUGAGACAGAGUCUCACUAUGUAGCCCUGGAUGGCCUGGAACUCAGAGAGUUGCCCCUGCCUCUGCCUCCCAGGUGGUAGGAUUAGAGAUGUGUGCCACUGCACCUGGCUAUCAGAUUCUAAACACUGUUAAGAUCUGCAGCAUUUUUAUAUCUAUCAGUGUCUUUAAUUCUUAACUUUGUAGAAACCCUCCCCACUUUGUCACUGUUUGAAAAGUUUAAUAUAUGUUUUGGAAAGUGUGUUUUUAAUCCAAAGCUGCUGAACUGAGCAGCAGUUAGCAUGUAGUAACAUCUGUCAUCUUUGAACUUGAAAUUAUUUCACUGUGUUUAUACUUCUAGGUCUAAUAAGUAUAUAGUUUCCUAAAGUUUAAUGGAAAGUAGGUUCUAAAGUUGGAAGUCUUUUUAAUCCAUGUACUUCCUCAUAUGAUACAAUAUAAAGUUUAUAAUCCAUACAUUCAAAUUUAUUCUAUAGAGGCAUUAGUUUUUGUUAACUGGCUGAAUAUGUUUUUGUUUUUUCAUAGGAAAUGUAGUUUCAAUGCAACAUUUUUGUGGGUGUAUAGGUAUUAUGGAUUUUCUUUUGCAUCUUCUCCUCCACAGAGUAGAUACAGGCAAUGAAAAAAGAUAAGAAUUUAUUUUAAAAUUUACCAUUCUUUGCAUCACAGUUUAUUUCGAUAAGAUCUGAAAAGAAUAGCUUCAGAUCCUUUACAAAGUGGAGGGCUAAAAAGUAUUCUAUUUUCAGGUUAUUUGAGUUACUGCUUCAAACUGUGUUUUGUCCCCUGAGCUCUAAGUUAACCUUUGUUUCCAAAAGCAAAUCUUCCCUGGCCUACAGAGGAAAAAAUACACACACACACAUACACACAUACACACACAUACACAUACACAUACACACACACACACACACACACACACACACACACACACAUACAGUCAUAAUCAAACAAAACAAUUGAGCCAGGAAUUCCCAGUUUGUUACAUUCCCAGUGAACAAGAUAGUGGCUAGGGUUUUACCUGUAUUCCUCAUAAUUCUUUAGGCCUGUGUAAAAAUCUAUAUAGAACUGUUGUAAUUUAGAUACUUUGUUUUGUUCUCUAAAGAGACUUACCUAGUUUCUUACCUGUUGUUCAUAUGAUUUUCUCUCAUUUUUAAUUUGUUGUACAAAGAUAAUAGUAAAAAUAGAAGAUUGCUCAGUCCUACCACGUGAGUUGUUAUAAGUGUUCUGUUUCUUGUAUGUCUUUGUCACUCAAAGUGUAGUGUAAUUUUGUCUUUGGUAUUUUAAAAUAAUGUGAGCAGGCAUAGAAGCCCCAUUGGGAAGGUAGAAAUGUGUGAUGAUCCAGUGUGAAGGCAGAAACAAGACCAGAAAUAGUAAGGGUGGUAACCCAUAUCUGGUUCAUUAUAGUCACGAGCAUGAUGGUGUGUCCUGUGGCAGUAAGGCUCACCUUACAGUAGAAGAGAUCUGUGAGGAGGAGAGUCCUUCAGACUGGUUAGUGUGAGCUACAGAACUGUUGCCAUUUUCUUACCCAGGAUAUCCAUAAAAAUGUGUAUCAAGUCUUGAGGUAGGCAUAGAGAAGGACCAAACAGUUAAGGGCCAAUGGGUGAACUUUAGUAAUGUUCAAAAUUCAACUCUGUGCUUGCCAGACUCCAGAAUCAUAAUACAGUGUUGAGAAAAAUCUUUUCAAAAACAGAAAGGAACUUACUGUAAGAUUGAUAAUGAAUAAAAGCAAAAACACAGUUGGAUUGUGUACCACAAGUUUAUUAUUCAAUAAAUAUUAUGUGGUUUGA